AUUUUUUCUUAUUUCUUUUCUUCUUUUUUUUGUAGAUUGAAUUAGAUUUAUUUAUACCUGGGAUUACUCCAUACACUUUAACCUUCCCCUUUUUAUUUUUAUUUUGCUGAACAUCAAUUCUUCUUUAAUCAUGCAAGAAUAUAAAACUUAUGCAACCAUAAAUGAGUUACCGUCGCAAGAAUCCAAGAAUAAAUUGGUAAAGCUCAUACCUGAUCAAAAUAUCACCAUCAUUCCAGAAUACACUUUGGAAUCUGGCGCCAAAUUGACAAAUAUUCCUAUUGCUUGGAAAUCAUGGGGCAAACUUAACGAAAAAGCAGAUAACUGUAUGGUCAUUUGUCACGCUCUCACUGGUAGUGCUGAUGUUGAAGAUUGGUGGGGUCCAUUGAUGGGUCCUAGAAGAGCUUUUGAUUAUACAAAAUUCUUUAUCGUUUGUUGUAAUGUCCUCGGCUCUCCCUAUGGCUCUGCCUCUCCUUUAACCAUCAACCCCGAGACCGGAAACAUUUACGGCCCCGAAUUCCCUCUAGUAAGUGUCAGAGACGAUGUCGGUCUUCAUCGUCUUAUUUUAAAUCAACUUGGCGUGAAACAAAUUGCCGUGUGUGUGGGCGGUUCUAUGGGCGGCAUGCAAGUGCUCGAAUGGGCUCAGAUGGGUCAAGAGUAUGUACGUGCCAUUGUACCCAUUGCUACUUCAGGCCGUCAUUCUGCUUGGGGUAUCAGUUGGGGUGAAGCUCAACGUCAAUCCAUCUAUAGUGAUCCUAACUAUGCCGAUGGUUAUUACACUGAUGAUAAACCUCCCGUUGUGGGUCUUUCUGCUGCAAGAAUGUCUGCUUUACUCACUUACAGAUCACGGGAUUCAUUCGAGUCCAGAUUCGGUCGUAAAGCAUCUGAUUUGAAAAGUACAACCAAGCGAGCCAAUUCUUCGGGGGAAGCCAAUCGACUUAUCCAUAACGACGGACAUCGAGCCACCAGCCCACCCGAGACACGAGAUGAAUCCACCGCCACCAUCAACACAACUAUGCCUACACCCUUUGUCUUUUCAGCACAAUCCUACCUUCGUUACCAGGGAUCCAAAUUCAUCAGCCGAUUCGAUGCCAACUGUUAUAUUGCAUUGACACGUAAAAUGGAUUCACAUGAUGUAUCGCGUGGAAGAGGGGAUUAUUUUGAUUUACUGGCUUCCAUCAGUCAGCCAGCACUUGUGAUUGGCAUUGAAUCCGAUGGAUUGUUUACCAUUUCGGAACAGUAUGAAUUGGCAGAAGGUAUGGCGGAUACUGAAAUGAUUGUGAUUGAUUCUCCAGAUGGACAUGAUGGAUUCUUGCUGGAAUUUGAUCAGAUUAACCGUCACAUUUUGAAUUUCAUCAAGCGUGUUGUGCCUGAAAUCUAUAGUUCCAGCACCAUUUCUGAUGAAGAGGCGAGUGAAGUUGUAAAAGCUACUAAAACUAGUUUGUUUGGUGAGGCCGAAGUGGAUAUUACCCAAUGGUAGUUUCUUUUUUUCUUUUUGAUGAUAAAAGAGUGGGAGAAAAAAACUUGUAUAGAUUAUUAUAGAAUAAAUAAAUGAAAAAAAAAAAAAAAAAAAAAAAAAAAAAAAAAAAAAAAAAACGUUUACAUAAUAACUGGGUAUUUCUUA